AUGACAUUGGAAAAUCCUCGUGUGGUUGUGACAACCCACAGGGAGGACGGAACCUCCGUCUUCAUGUCGGACAAAGCUCUCGAGCCAUUUGCACCGUUGGGUCCUGCCGGCAGCUCGUUCGUUGUCUUCGAUGCGCGCUCGGCAGUGCCAAUCUCGAACCAACAGCCGAGCCUGGACCUCUCGCUCUCAAUUCCAAGGUGUCCACCGAACGGGGUCCUGUUCAGCAUUGCCAACUUCCCGCCUGACGUCCGCGUCCCGAUGCACCGGACCCUGAGCUUGGACUACUGCAUCGUCCUGUCUGGAGAGAUCGUCCUCGAGCUGGAUGGAGGGGAGGAGAAGACGGUCAAGGCAGGGGAGUUUAUCGUGCAGGGCGGCGUCAACCACAAAUGGGCCAAUCGGACGGAUGAGGUCUGCCGCAUAGCGUUUGUCAUGGUUGGAGCAGAGAAGGUCAAGACCCAGAGUGGAGAGUCUCUAGAAGAGACCGUGAUGAAGAAACCGUAG